CGCACAGGUGACGAGUUGCUCGCCUGGGCGAACCAGCAUAGAUCCAAUCUUCUUGCCAAGCAUGACCGCAGCGGUCUCAGUCGUCGCCAGGACGGUCAUGCCAAGCGGGCCGAAGGGUCCUCCUCUCUGACCAAUUACGAGGACGACAGCACCUGGUAUACCACCGUGCAAGUCGGAACUCCAGCCGCCGACUACUCCCUCGUGCUCGACACUGGGUCCAGCGAUGUGUGGAUUUCCUCGUCUAGCUACACCCCCGCGGACUCGUCGACCUUUGUCAACAAAUCGAGCGCCUUCGACAUCAGUUAUGGUAGUGGCGACGUCGCAGGCUACGUUGCCAGCGAGACCUUCACCAUCGCGCAGCACACAAUCACAGGACAGACGUUUGCCGUUGCAACAUCCGUAGGCUCAGGGCUGCUUGAUGGUACCACCGACGGAAUUGUCGGUCUGGGUUUCUCCUCGCUCAGCGUCGAUGGAGCUCAGCCAAUUUGGCAGUCGGCAGGUGAGACUGAAUUCUCCUUCUACCUUGAAGAAGACUCUUCAACGAAGCGUGCAACCAGUGAGACUGCCCCUGGUGGGAUCUUCACGCUCGGAGGCGCAAACACCUCCCUGUACACCGGCGACAUCAAUUGGCUCACCGUCACCGAGGAAGCCUACUGGACUGUUCAGCUCGGCGGCAUCUCUGUGCAGGGUUACUCUGCAGGUAUUGGUAGCCUGGAUGCUGCCGCCAUUGACACAGGUACAACGCUCCUCGGCGGGCCGGACACAGUCAUUGCCGCUCUUUACGACCAGAUCCCGGACAGUGAAGCUCUCUCUUCCGCAGAGGGCUACUACAGCUACCCAUGCGAUACCAACAUCAAUGCCACAAUCACCUUUGGAAACCAGCAGUAUGCACUCAGCAGCGCAGACUUCGAGGUCAGCGAAAUUUCAAGUGGCGUCUGCCUCGGCGCUUUCUUCUCCGUCGGUUCGGUGACAUCGAGGAGUAGCCUGAAUUGGAUUGUCGGUGACGUCUUCCUCAAGGGAGUCUACUCCAUCUUCUCUGCUGGUUCGACCGCACGAGUCGGCUUUGCAUCCCUGGCCUCGGGCCUGAACAACGGUAGCUCUAGUACCACGGUCGCUCAAUCUCAAGGCACCAGUGGCGCUGUCGGUACCUCC